UUUCUUCAUUCUUCAGAGAGACGACGUGAGACACACCUAAAACACCAAAACCAACAAUUGCGCAUAAAACCAACGAGAUCGUCGCGAUGUGAAAUCGCUCUUCUCGCUUUUUCUCGAAGAAAAAUUUUGAAAUAAUUAUGAAGCUGCUAACUGCGGUCGUCCUCGUGGUUGUCAUGGGAACUUGUUCCUGUGACAACAAUAACAACGUGAAGGGUGGAAAAAUCUCGGAGCCCAUGAUCGCCACCACCUGCCCCCUCCCCACUCCCACCUCCCCCCAGGACCCCACCUCCACCUACCUCCUCCAGUACACCCCAGAUUCCACGACCUUCCUGCCCACCCCGGACUCCACCCCUGGCUGCAUCACGGACAAGCUCGAGAUCCUCAAACAGUGUCAGAAACUCUACCCCACCAAGGACAUCACCAACAUUGUCGAAAAUAACGCCAAGAAAUUGGGAAGUGUCUGCAAAAAAGUGGGUUCGAAAAAGAAGUGCGGAGGACCCGUGGGGAAUGUGGACACCGUGGUUUAUAGGUGUUUGGAAUCUCCCUUCCAAUCGGACGCCCUGUUGGUCCCCUCCCCCUGCAUAUUCGACCACAUCCACAACUCGACCUCCUGCUGGGACUCUUCCCGAUGGAACUCCACCGCCUUCAAUUCCUGUUCCCAUAGAAACUUUAAACUCAAAUCCUUCGCCGUGCUGUUGCCGUGCGGGGUUGGAUUAUUUACAGGCGUGGAGUUUGUCUGCUGCCCCCCGGAACACGUUGCCAUGGAAACCACGAAUAAAAAAUUGGAUACGAAAUUGGAUAAUUACGAGGACUAUCAGGAUAAUGAGGAGGAGGAUGAGGAAGAUGAGGAUGAGGAGGAGGAUGAUGAUUAUUAUUUUGAUGAAGCAACCACCACGACAACCACGACAACCACCCCCCCUCCCUCCGUGGACCCCUACUUCACCCAAAACAGCGAGGCGAACGAGCACCUCAACUUUAAGCAGGCGGAGAUCCGAUUAGAGAACCUCCACCGACUGCGCAUGUCCAAAGUGAUGCGCGACUGGGAGGACCUCGAGAAAAAGUAUCAGCUGAUGAAAAAUGGCGGGAACGGGGAGGAGGCGGAAACGUUCAAAAAAAGCGUCACUUUGAGGUUUCAGAAAACCAUUAAAAAUCUGGAGGAUGAGGGAAAUGCAGAGAAGAGGCAGCUGCUCGCUGUUCAUCAGCAGAGGGUAUUAUCCCACCUAAACGAGCGAAAGAAAGAGUCCAUGGAGUGCUUCACGACAUCUCUGACCUCCUCCGAGCAGAACCCGAACAAGGUUCGGAAGUGCUUGGAGAAGCUGAUGCGGAUUCUGCACAAGGAUCGCCACCACACUCUGACCCAUUACAAGCACUUGUUAAAGAGCAAUCCGAAACAGGCGGAGAUUGAGAAGGAUUACACGCUGCAGAGGUUGACUCAAAUCAGCCUCACCGCCAGGCAGGGCUUGGUCAUGCUCGAGAGAUACCCCCCGCUCUCCACGAAACUCCGCCCCCUGAUCGAGGACUACGUGCUGUCCCUCCAAGGCCGUGACGACCCCAUCGGCGAGUCCCUCCUCACGGCCACGCACGAGACGGAAAAGGACCUCCUCGAAAAACUCACCCAGCAACACGUGACCGUUUCCAUGACAACCACACCGUCACCAUCACCACCAUCCUCAACAACCACCUUCGUUACUACGGGGAGUAGUUCCACACCCACCAUGACAACAACAACCACGAUGAUGGAAACCAUGGAAACGGAGGAUAAAGAUUUCAAGGAUCAGAUAAUAUCUGUCCGCCGGGAGGUGUACACGUUGCAUAGCAACCUCCCCAUAUCAACGCGUCCCUUGUAUUUCACACUCACUUUUGCGGGGAUCACCGUGCUGGGGGCGUUCCUCGUGGGGGUUCUGAUUCUCGUCAAGAGGAGGGUCAUCGAUCACCCAAGGAAUCACGGCUUCCUGGAGGUGAACCAGCAGCUCUCGAGCCACACUUUAUUGAAAUCCCCGGAAGAAAAGCACGUUGCAAACAUGCAAAUUAACGGAUACGAAAAUCCUACUUACAAAUAUUUCGAACAAAAUUAAAUCAUCACAUUCCCAUGGAAAUUUUAUCAUUAAAAAAAUGCCACGUUUUUAUUUUUCUCUUUUUUUAAAGGAAAAAAAUAGGAAAAUUAAAAAAAAAGCUUGGAAAAUUUUAAAUUCCGUUUUUUUUUGGAAUAUUUUAUAAAAAAGACGGGAUUUAAAAUUUUAAUCACGAUUUUCUCGGUUACCAUAGAAUCUCCUUUUUUUAUUAUUAUUGUGCCAUAUUAUGUUAUUCAGUAUUAAUUCCGUUGCUAUGGGUGUAUUAAAAAUAAAAUAAAAUGUGAGUGUGCGUGUGGUUUUUUUAAU